AUGAGAGGCGGAUGCUUUGAGGAUCUCUACGCCCAGCAAUUCCGGGAGGGUUCUGACCGUUGGAUCUGUGCCAUCAAGCGCGAUCCGGAAACGAUCUCUGAAAUUCAUGGGCCAAGGCCAUGCGAGGUCCACCCGAACGGCAACCUCAUCGCCGCGGGCUGGACAGAGUCCUCGUUGGAUGGCUACACCAAUGCCGGUUCAUCCGAUGCUUUGCUCAUGAGCUUCGACAGCACCGGCACAUGGCAAUGGACCGUGCAGCGCGGAGGCUCCGGCGAGGACCACAUAAAUCACCUGCAGGUCCACCCGAACGGCAACCUCAUCGCCGCGGGCUACACAGAUUCCUCGCUGGAUGGCAACACCAAUGCCGGUUCAUACGAUGCUUUGGUCAUGAGCUUCAACAGCACCGGCGCCUGGCAAUGGACCGUGCAGCGCGGAGGCUCCGGCAAUGACAACUUCCAGUCCCUGCAGGUCGACUGGAACGGCAACCUGAUCGCCGCGGGCUACACAGAUUCCUCGCUGGAUGGAAACACCAAUGCCGGUUCAAACGAUGCCUUUCUCAUGAGCUUCGACAGCACCGGCACCUGGCAAUGGACCGUGCAGCGCGGCUCCGGCGAUGACGGCUUCUAUGGCCUCCAGGUCGACCCGAACAACAACCUCAUCGCCGCGGGCUACACAGAUUCCUCGCUGGAUGGCUACACCAAUGCCGGUUCAUCCGACGCUUUGCUCGUGAGCUUCGAGGCCUGUGAAGUCGUCACAGUGCCGGGGAGACUUUUUUUUGUUGAUGUUUUGGUGCGCGGGUGUGUUUACCAAGCGCUGGCAGACCUCGAGCAGCGUGACCAGAACGAGUUCCACAAGAUCCACCGUCACCUGGGCUGCACAUGGCAGACCGCGCUAUAG